AGUGGCCGGGCUCGCUCCUGGAGUCGGCGGCGUGGUCAGUGCGAGAGAGCGGUAUGGCGGCGGUGGGGGAAGCGGUUGGGGCCCCGGCCUCGCUCCUCUCCCUGGACCCGCAGCUGCAGCGCGAGUUCCAGGACAAGGUGCUGCACGUCCGCUCCGGCAGGGGGACCAAGCAUGAGAAGCUGACUCCUGGUGUAAUUUAUUUAGGGCAUAUCCCUAGGGGCCUUUAUGAGCCACAAAUCCAGGAGUACUUCAGCCAGUUUGGAACAGUCACCAGACUUCGGCUUUCAAGAAGUAAAAAGACUGGAGACAGCAAAGGCUAUGGAUUUGUAGAGUUUGAAUCAGAUGAAGUUGCAAAGAUUGUUGCCGAUACCAUGAACAACUACCUGUUCUGUGAAAGACUCCUAAAGUGUGAAUUUAUGCCGCCUGAAAAGGUCCAUGAAAACCUCUUCAGAGGCAGUGAGAAGACAUUUAGGAAGCCAUCACACCCGGCAGUCAAGCGAUAUAACAAGAAACGAACACCGCAAGAAAAGACAAGGAUGACAGAGAGACUACUAAAAAAUGAGAAACGGUUACGAAAGAGGCUGGCUGAGAAGGGAAUAGAUUAUGACUUCCCUGGAUUUGCUGCACAGAUGGCUCAAAAGAAAAAAAAUGUUUCAAAUUCAAACUCGAACCUGAACAUAUCUGUGAACAGCCAGGACCCCACCCCAGUGUGUACGCCCACGGCACUUGAGCGUCGGAAAUCGCAACCAGCAGAAGGUGAUGAAGAUGAAAUAACCAUCAAACUGCCUCCAACAAGUGUAAAGAGCACUGCUCAAAAGACCAAAAAGACAAUGAAGCUGCAGAAAAAAAUUCACCCAAAGAAACGGAAAUAAACAAAGAUGAAGCCUCUGUA